GAGGGCCGCAUCCCGGUGCCGAUGAACCUGUUCGCAACCUGGGAGAUAGACCGGUCCUCUCCGAGCUGCGUCCCCAGGCUGUGCAGUCUGACUCUGAAGAAGCUGAUGGUGCUGAGGAAGCUGGACAGAGAGCUCAGCUCGGUCGUCAUCGCUGUCAAGAUCCAGGGGUCCAAGCGGACGCUGCGCUCCAACGAGUACCUCCUCCCUCCAGACGGCCUGAUGGAGACGGACCUGGAGCUCACCUUCUCCCUGCAGUACCCUCACUUCCUGAAGCGAGAUGCGAACCGGCUGCAUGUGAUGCUGCAGAGGAGGAAGAGGUACAAGAACCGAACCAUCCUCGGUUACAAAACGCUGGCGGUCGGAGUCAUCAACAUGGCGGAGGUGAUGCAGCAUCCAACAGACGGAGCUCAGAUCCUUGGUCUCCAUAGCAACCUGAAGGACGCUGCGGUGCGCGCGGCUGAGCUCAGCGUCCAUUCUCUGUCCAGCCAGCCAAUCGAGCAGGAGGAUGCCAGCGGUAACCAUGGCAACAAGACCAAAUCCUCCGACCGCUCCCCUGACAUGGAGGCCGACUGGGAGGACGAUGAUGACAGCUUCUCCUCUGAACAGGAAGGAAGUGAUGAUGCGGUCCCGCCUCAGGACCUGUACGAUGAUGAUGACGACGUCCAACAGAAGCCGAAGAAGUCUCACAGGAAAAUGAUCCGAACAACGUCCAUGACUCAGCAGCCCAACUUCAAACAGAAGUUUGUGGCUCUGCUGAAGAGAUUCAAAGUCUCCGACGAGGUUCUGGACUCGGACCCGGUGGAGCAGAGCCAGGAGGCCGAGGAGGACCUGGACCUCCUGUACGACAGCCUGGAGGUCUACAACCCGAGCGACAGCGGCCCCGAGCUCGAGGACAACGACAGCGUCCUCAGCACGCCCAAACCCAAACUCAGGCCUUUCUUCGAGGGGAUUUCUCAGUCGAGCUCUCAGACGGAGAUCGGCAGCCUGAACAGUCAGCGGAGUCAGCAGAGGGAGCAAAGCACCGCCGGCGCAGAGCUGCUGUCUCCAGAGCAACCGGGCCCCCGGGGGCCCCGACACCCAGAGGAGCCCCGAGGGGAGGAGGCGGGGCCUGGGGAAGCUGAGGAGGACGUUGCCAUGGGAACGGACACAGGCGGCCCCGCGGCUAAACUUUGUAAAACAGAGUCUCAGACACAUGUGUCACCCAGUAAGACAGGUGCUCAGCUGUCUCGCCACCCUCGCAGCUCGUCCCUGAAGGACAGACAGAACAGCAGAGGACAGACAGACAGAACCAGCAGCGUCGACAGCGAGACAUCGCCCGACUGCAAGAUCCCUGCACAGGUUGCCAGGAAGUCCGUGUUGGACCAGCUGAACCACAUCCUGUUCUCUGAUGAUCUGCUGCCUGAGUCCAUCAUCCUGAUCAACACCACAGACUGGCAGGGACAGUAUCUCUCAGAGCGUCUCCUCGGCGACGGCCAGCCAAUCGUGUGCACCGUCUCGGCGGCUGACGUCCAGGCCGCCUUCAGCAGCAUCAUCAGCCGCAUCCAGAGAUUCUGUAACUGUAACUCGCAGACUCCGCCCACCGUCAAGGUGGCGGUGGGCGGCGACCAGAGUUACCUGAGCGCCGUCCUCUGCUGCUUCGUGGAGCAGCUGGCUGGCAAGACGCCCGAUUGGCUGAGCUACAUCCGCUUCCUCAUCAUCCCCACCGGGCCCCACCCUCUCGCCAAGUACCUGGCGUCUCUGGAUGGUAAAUUCAACAGCCUGUUCAUGGACGCCGGCUGGAGGGAGCUGUUCGCACGGCAGGAGCCGCCGCCGCAAGAUCCCGUCGGCGUGGCGGGUCGGGUGGCUCAAUACGUGGCCGGCGCUGCUGUUUCCCACCAGUGUCCCAUCUCAGAGGCCAUGCUGACCUACAAACACAGGAGGAAGCGCAGCUUGUAUUUUGAUUUUUACAUCAGCCCCGAGGAAGACUCCUGCCAGAAGUUUGUGCCCUUCAUCGGGAUGGUGAAAGUCGGUGUCGUGGAGCAAAACUUCCUGUCCACCUCAGUCGACUCCGAUGAUGUCAUCCUUGGAUCUCCCCCUGCCCAAUCAGGAGCGCCGAUCAGCAUCGCCUCCACGCCUCCCCCCUCCCCCUCUGCCUCCACCAGCGGGGGGGAGGUGAUGGGGCUGCAGGUGGACUACUGGGUGAGCCAGGCGGGGGGGGAGAGGAGGAAGGAGGUGGGGAUGAAGAACACACUGAAGAGCAACUUCAGGUCCCUGCAGGUGUCCCGGCUGAGCGGAGGGGAGCUGAUGAGCAUGACGGUGGUCACCAAGGAGAAGAACAAGAAAGUCAUGUUCCUCAGUAAGAAGCCGAGGGAGAAGGAGGCGGAGUCACGGAGUCAGCUGAUCGAGGGCAUCAGCAGGCUGAUCUGCAUGUCCAAGCACCAACACACCCUGAGAGUCUCCGUGGACGGCGUGGAGUGGAACGACGUCAAGUUUUUCCAGCUCGCUGCUCAGUGGCCGACGCACGUCAAACAUUUUCCCGUCGGCAUCUUCGGCUACAGCAAAGCCUGAGCUCAUCUUCCUCGCCUCCUCCUCUUCCUCUCAGUGUGGACCAACAGAAACACACCUGCUCUGUUAUUUCUCUUUUUAAUUAUUUCUAUGAAUCUGCGGUGAAU